AUGACUACCAAACUUCUUUUCUCGACAGUCCUCCUGGAAGUAGCCGCUGCGGCGGCAACUGGAUUGGUAGGGCGACAAACUGCCUGCCAAGACGUACACUUUUUCAUAGCCCGCGGUUCAACAGAACCGUACCCAGGCCGUCAAGAGGACCUUGUCAACGCAGUCUGUGAGGGCCUGUCUAGCUGUGGAUAUGAGGACAUUAUAUACCCUGCUUCAUUCGACAACUACUGUGCUUCGGCAUACGGAGGCGUCGUCAACGGCACCGCCCAGAUCACGGCGUACGCCGAGAGUUGCCCUAAUGCGAAGUUAGUCUUGACAGGCUAUUCUCAGGGAGGACACGUCGCGGGUGAUAUACUUGGAGGAGGUGGAGGCGAAAUCCCGAAUCAAGGAUGCACGCAACCAACGAAUACGCCAUUGUCGCCUGAAACUUCUCCAGGCAAUAAGAUCGUAGCAGUGACCUUCUUUGGAGAUGUACGUCACACGGCUUCCCAGAGUUAUAACGUUGGAACCGGAGCAGCAGGUAGUGGAAUUCUCCCAAGGUCAGCGGCUGAACUUGAAUCUCUAAAUAAGUUCUCGGAUUUAUUACACUCAUGGUGCUUCGUUGACGACCCAGUUUGUGCUGGAGGCGCAGAUGUCAGCGCGCACCUUCAGUAUUUCGAUGCGUCUAUAGCCGAAGCCGCCGCGUUUGUGAAGUCCAAAAUCUGA